CGACCGGCUGUUCUCCCGAAAUGCAGUGCAGCCGCGGCCUGGACAGGAAGAGAGGCCUGGCUCGAGUUGUUAUUGGUUGCUAGGAGACGAGGAGCUGUACCGGCCCGGUGACAUCCAGGGGGGCCAGUGAGGGGCCAUUCGUGUUGAGAGGACUGAGGGGGACCCCGGAGCUCGGGGGAGAAGAGAAAUGAGCGGGACUACGGCGGUGCCGGUGGAUUCCCGGGUGCUGGAACUGGCGUCCAAACUGACCGAGAGCAGCAGCAGCAGUUCCGUGCCGGUCCUACUCCUGAAACUGAAGGAGAUCUUAAAAAGUGCCGCUGCCGGAAGUAAAGAACUGCGGAGAAUUAAAGAGGACCUGUAUAACUACGGCCUCAUCCAGUAUUGUGUGCUGGUUCUGAAACAGGACUACAGUCGGGUGGAAGGAGGCUGGACGACGGCUGCCAGUCUAGCCGAUAUUCUAAGUUCCUGCUGUGUAGGACUGAACCCUAAGAAUGACCCGGAAGAAUUUCACUCGCAGAUUCUGCCCUCCGCUGUCCUGAACAUGCUGGUGCUGGGAAGACGCAUUCAGGCGAGAUACGUCCGCUCCGUCAAGGAUGAAGAGAGGACAGAACUGUUCCGGUGUUUCAGGCAGGUGAUGGAUUCGCUAUGCUGGCUGUUUAGCGGUCACGUGCAGAUGACACAAAAUGUCUUCAGACAGGAACACUUCUUGCAGCUGCUGAUGACGGAUGACGUGGAGACGGGAACCUCUGUGAUGUCCGUUCUACAGAAUAUUCUGAGAGCAAACAGUCUUCUCCCGAAUCAGGUCCCAGAAGACACGCUGCACCCCGUCCUGGAUGAACUCAUUUACAAGCUCUCAGCAUCGUCCAAUCCCGUCAUUGGGAACGCUGCUACACGAUCGUUGCUUCUCAUUCUGGAGUCCAGUCCGAAUAUUGUGCAGAUGGUCGGCAAUCGCUAUAAAGGGCUGCGAUCUCUACUGAGCAAGCAGUGGACUGGAAAAGGUUUUGGCCGAGAGCUCAGCCGGCUCCUGGAUCUGCUCUACUCCACGUCUUACCAGCAGCAGGAGAUGCAGAGACUACACCACGCCGCCCUCACAAUACAGGCGGUGUGGAGGGGAUUCUUGGUGCGGAGGAGGGUGAAGACGCUGCCGCGGGUGGUGACAUCGCUACAGAGAAGCUUUAGAGCAAAAAGAGAGCAAGAAAUGACUCAACUGAAGAGACAGAAAGAGGAAGAGGAACUGCGGGAGCAACUGCACCUGCAGAGACUCCGAGCCAUGAGGGUGUUCCGGGAGAAGCAGCUCACUCUGCUGGAGAUCGUCCAUGCAGGACAAAUGGAGAAGCACAUGCAGGAAAUCCAGGAGAGGUCUGCCCUGAUGGUUCAGAAGCACUGGAGAGGGUAUAAAGCCAGGAGACGGUUCCACCUCGAAAAACAAACACUGAAACAGUUUAAGGCAGCCGUCACCAUUCAGAGAGCUGCUCUGAGGUUCCUAAACAGACGCAGACGACUGCGAGAAUCAUUAUCUCCUUGGAAAAAGCACCAGGAUCUGAGUGACGAGCAGCGACUGCGGCUCCAGCAGAAAGUGGACACUUAUCUUCAGCUCCACCCGGCCCAGCAGAGGGCGCCAGAACAAAGCCAGGAGCUGCACUUUGCCGUCCAGGAGAAGCUGGGGCAGUUUCUACUGAAGAGAAAGCAGGAGCAGCGAGCCGAGCAACGCCGAGAGGCCCUUCUGGCCCAGAUCAACACCGACAUUCAUAUGCUGAUGGGGGCCCCCAGCUUAAAAGAAGCCACGGAGAAAGACAUCGAUCUUUUCACCAGCAGAUCCAUCCCUGUGGCCUUGAAGGCCAAACAGAGUCACAGCACCAUGCUGAAACGCAGCCGCUGGCCCUGGUGGAAGAAGCUGAGCGACGAGUUUGUAGAGGAAGACGACAGCUUUGCAAGCAACAUGCCCGACCUGGACCACGGUAUAAUAUUUAUCGCUGGGAGCAAAAAGCCGUAGUGACCAACCCCUCCCCCUCCCCCCAAUCCAUUAUCUAUAUGUAUAACAUUAAACAAGUCUCCAGGAAUUCCAUACAAUGAAAUAAAGAGUUGCAGUCCCAGUCUCCUUUUUCAGCUGCCAAAAACCUUCCUAAAGUGAAGGAACACCUUGAACUACAUGUCCCAUAAUCCCUUGCUUCUCUAGCAGCAAGGGACAUAUGACAAGUAUUUGGGUGUAGCAAGAGACCGAUAUUAAGAAUGUAUUGCUUCCCUUACAACGCCCAUCAGAGUAUAAGCUGCAGAAGAUCGGUGUCACUCUCUCAAUAAACAAUCUCCUGCGCUCGUGAGUGACGUGUUCCGCUAAUGAUCAGCCACAGAUCUUCAGUUAGUUAAAUCUUGGCAAACCUUGGGAGCCCCCAAAGGGCUGAGGAAGCCCAGAAGACACUCUGCAAGAGCAGGGAGCAUCAGCCUUGUGCAUUACCUAUAAUAGCUUUUAUUAGACAUGUGCACUGCCGUAAAAUUUGUUCGUUUUCGUUUUCGUUUCAUUC